AUGUCGACCGUCCAAGAAGUCACAGACGAGGCCGUCUUCGUCUCGCACAUCUCCUCCAUUCCCCCAUCUUGCCUGCUCGUGCUCUACUUCCACGCGCCAUGGGCCGCGCCAUGCGCCCAGAUGCACACCGUCCUCUCCACCCUCGCGUCCCAAUAUCCCGUCACUACCCCGCCCUCAGUCUCCUUCAUUAGCCUCAACGCCGAAGAACUCCCCGACAUAUCAGAGGACUACGACGUCACCGCCGUGCCCUUCGUCGUUCUCGUGCGCGGCGGAGAAGUCCUCGACGCGAUUAGCGGCAGCGACGCUGCUCGCGUGCGUGACGCCGUUGAGAGAAGCGCCGGUCGCGGCGCUUCUGACGGUGGUGCUGCUCCGAAGAGCCAGAUUCCGCCACCGCUGAGUGCAACCCCCAGAGAGGAUAAUGUACCCACGACUGCGACGCAGGCGCCCGUUUCUGCAGAGCAGUCGAAGCAGGCGCUGUUUGCGAGGUUGGAGGAAUUGGUGAAGGCUGCGCCGGUUAUGUUGUUUAUGAAGGGGAGCCCUAGCGCACCGCAGUGUGGGUUUAGUCGGACGUUGGUGGGGAUUCUGCGGGAGCGGAGUGUUAAAUAUGGGUUCUUUAAUAUCUUGGCCGAUGAAGAUGUGAGACAGGGUUUGAAGGAGUAUGCAGAGUGGCCUACGUUCCCGCAGCUGUGGGUUAAGGGUGAAUUGGUUGGUGGUUUGGAUAUUGUCAAGGAAGAGCUAAACAAUGACCCGGACUUCUUUAACGAGUUCUCCGUUAACAAGCCGGCUGGCGCUUAG